UCGAAAUAUGUUAUGCUGCUCUACCUGCAUAUUGCAUUUUGACCAACACAAAUUUCCUACCGAAGGUGAACGAACCAGCUAUACUAAUACCAAUUUCCAUUUUUGUGAUCUUUAACACGUAUUGUGUAUCAGAAUACAUUCAAACAAAUCAAUCAAUAAAAUCAUGGUGGAAUAACCAUAGAAUGGCUAGAAUAAUUGCCAUGACUGCAUGGUUAUGUGGAUUCCUUAGUGUCAUAUUCAAGAUCCUGAGGUUGUCUGAGACAGUAUUUGAAGUUACAAAGAAGGAACAAAGUUCAAGCAUUGAAGAUAGUGAUGAGAAACCAGGAAGGUUCACAUUUGAUAAUUCACCAGUUUUUGUGCCUGGCACAGUCAUUUUGAUGGUAAAUUUGAUUGCUUUGGGUAUUGGAUUCUCGAGUUUCAUACAAAGGAGGGGAGGUCAAAUAGAGUGGGGAAUAGGAGAAUUGGUAUGUAGCAUAUGGGUGGUCUUAUGUUUCUGGGCAUUCUUGAAAGGGUUAUUUGAGAAAGGAAAAUAUGGGAUUCCAUCAUCCACAGUUUACAAGUCUGCAGCUCUGGUAUUUGUGUUUGUGCAGAUUUACAGAUCAAGUUGAGGAAUAUGAGACUUUUGUUGUUUUAAGGUUAA